UCGCUGCCUUUAAGUUGCGCUGUGCCGCCGCCUCUCGCUUCAUUUCUCACUCAGUCCUGAGUGUCAGAGAGAGUUUGUGCAGAGUCACCGACAUGACCGAGACCGCAGCCGCCGAAGCGGCUCCUCAAGCCGUCCCCGCCGCCCAAACCAAGGCUCCCAAGAAGAAGAAAGCGCCCGCCCGGAAGAAUGCAGCCGGUCCGAAGCUGGGCGACCAGAUCGACAACAUUGUGGCGGAUUGCCACGAUCGCCGAGGGAUGUCUUUCUAUGCGAUAAAGAAGGGACUGGCCGCCAAGGGUGUGGAUGUGGAGAAGUGCCGCCACCUGAUCAAGUCGGGCAUCAAGAGAAAAUUAGCAAACGGUUCCCUGGUUCAGCUCAAGGGCGUGGGCGCCUCGGGUUCUUUCAAGACCGGUCAGGGAGAAGGCGCCGUGAAGUCGGAAAAGAAAGUGGUUCCUGCAGCCAAAACAUCCAAGAACAAGAAAUCAACGUCCAGGAAAACCCCGACCAAGAAAUUACUGGCAAAAAAAUCUACCACCAAAAGAUCUUCGAUGAAGAAAUCUCUCACCAAGAAAGUUGUGGCCAAGAAACCAGCGCUUAAACAAAUGGCGGCGAAGAAAUCAUCGCCCAAGAAGGCGGCGCCGAAAAAACAAAAAAAGGCCGUAGUCAAAAAGACGAAGGCGGCCAAGAAGCCGGUAAAAGGCCAGGCGAAGACGAAAUCGGCGAAACCCAAGAAGGCAAUGAUCAAAAAGUGAAUUAUAAAGCGCACAUUGUAAACACCUGAACCCAACGGCUCUUCUCAGAGCCACCCACAUCUCUCAGGAAAGAGCUGAUCCAGACUCAAGCGAUCCCUGUCCCAAGACAAGCUCAGUGCCAGUGGGGACUCGUUUAAAUUACCGG